UACGCCGGACACUCGGGACACUCUGGACACUUGGGACACUUGGGGACACUUGGGGACACUCGGACACUGCGGACGCUCGGACAGGCCGCGAUGGAGGAGGCGGUGGUGAAGCAGGGCGGGAUGUUCCUGCAGCUGCAGCAAACCUUCGGGAAGAAGUGGAAGAAGUUCUGGGCCGUGCUGUACCGGGAGAGCUCCUGCUCCACGGCGCGCCUGGAGCUGCUGGAGGGCCCCGAGCGGCCGCGCAAGGCCGAGGGCAGCCGGCGCCUGGUCCGGCUCAGCGACUGCGUCCACGUGGCCGAGGUGGGCGGCGAUGCCACCUGUCCCAAGGACACCGUCCCCUUCCUGCUGGAGACCACGGAGCGGCGCUUCCUGCUGGCCGCCGACGGCGCCGAGGCGGCCGAAUGGAUCCAGCGGCUGUGCGAGCUGGCGUUCCCGAGGAGCCGGGAGGAGCCAGGAGCGGCCAAGGAGGGCACCGAGGGCGAGUUCUCCAUGGAGGAAAAUUCCCUGUACAGCUCGCGGGGCAAAGCCGGCCUGGAGCAGGCGUUUGAGGUGACAGUGAGGGUGACACCGUCAUCGCAGCGCUGCUGCCUCCGGGGCCGCGGCAUCCUGCGGGCGGGCGAGGAGGCGCUGGAGCUGUGGCACCCACAGAGCCAGGAGCUGCUGGCCAGCUGGCCCUACCGCUUCCUGCGCCGCUUCGGCCGCGACAAGGUGACCUUCUCCUUCGAGGCCGGCCGGCGCUGCGCCUCCGGAGAGGGCAACUUCGAGUUCGACACCAGGCAGGGCAACGAGAUCUUCCAGGCCAUCGAGGCGGCCAUCGAGGUCCAGCGGGGCCGUGGUGCCGAGGAGCCGCGCCGGGCGGGCCCCGUGGAUGAAACCCCGCGGCCGCUUGAGCACGCCAGGACAGCCGGCCGGGCACAGGGCCACGAGGAGGGCAAAGGGGUCAAGGGCAGGCUGGUGAUGCCCCCCGGGGCUGGGGAGGCCUCGGGGCCGUUCCAGCUGGCACGGGGUGCGGAUUGUCCCUACGCCGAGCCCCACGACGCCCUGCGCCGCGGGAACGCCACCGCGCCGCCCGACACGGGCCGGAGGCCGGACGGGGCCCGGGUGGAGUCCGAGUACGCCGUCCCCUUCGACACCAUCGCCAAGUCCUUCCUGGCGCGCCAGUUCGGUGGCCUGGGCUGUCCCCAGGAGGGGCUCCCCGAGCCGCCGAGUGCCCCCAGGGAUGCAGGGGGGGCUCAGCAGCCCCCCGGCCGCCCCACGGCCCCCAAACCCGAGCACAUCUACGACGAGCCCGAGGGUCUCUCGGGCCUCUCGCUGUACGACGAGCCCCAGGAGGUGAAGGGGGAGGCCUGGAGGCUGCAGGCGGCCCCCGAGGAGCCCCCCGGGCUCGGGACUCCCUACAACGCCCAGCGCGACGACUACGCCGUCCCCAAGAGGCCCUUCCUGCUGCAGGGCAAGGAGUGGCUCGGCGACUGCGACUACGACAACGUGGCCCUCAGGGUGGCCAAGAAGAGGAACCUGCAGUGAGCGGCAGCGGGGGAGACGAGGAGGGGACGCCCCAAAUCCCCCAGCAGGACUUUACCCCAUCCCCGGCAGAACUGAGACCCCCAAA